AUGGUGCAGUGCCGUGGUUUGGUCUUCUUGGCGAUGCCCCUCGACGACGCCGGGGACACAAAGUGCCUUGCGCCGACGCCUGUCGGCACGCUCCGCGCGGCGUCUUGUCGUCUUCUCUGCCCAGAAGGCGUUCUCGGCGGCGACGUCCUCCGGGUUGCGCUAGCGCCACUCUGCCAUGGCUCGCUCGUCCUCCUCGGCGACGAGGAGGCGGCGCUGCAGCCGGACGUGGUCUGCACGGUCCUGGUCCGUGAUCAGACGAGGCGGAGGGCGGCGCGCUGCGCCUGCUCGCGCGUGAAGAUGUCCCAAAAGUUUAUCUACGACGGGGGCCUCUGCAAGCGCCAUGCCGCCGCGUCGUACGCGCGGGCUGCCUCGUUCUUGGACAAGGCGGCCCUAGAGAGGGCGGGCGACAAGGGGCGACCAGCGAGCCCGUGGCGGCUGUGCACGGUUACACAGGUGGAGGAGAUCAAGUGUGUGCUCCGUCUGCUGCCGGUGUGGGCGUGCGGCAUCAUCUUCGCGGCCGUGUACACGCAGGUGUCCACCACCUUCAUCCUCCAAGGGGACACGCUGGACCCGCGCAUCGGCAGCUUUUGCGUCCCCGCUGCAGUGCUCACCGUCUUCGACACGCUCAGCGUCAUGCUCUGGGUGCCGCUUUACGACCGCGCCAUCGUCCCGCUCGCGCGCCACCUCACGGGCCACCGCCGCGGGUUCACGCAGCUGACGCGCAUGGGCAUCGGGUUCGUCAUCCUCACGGUCGCCACUGGCAUGCUUGAGGUCGCACGGCGCCGCGUGGUCACGUGCAACGGCACGUACCGCGGCACGGACGGUGCAGAGUACGUGUCAUUGUCCAUCUUCUGGCAGGUGCCCCAUUAUGUACUAUUGGGCGCGGCGGAGGUGUUCACUUUCAUCGGGCAGAUGGAGUUCUUCUACGACCAAGCGCCUGACGCCAUGCGGAGCAUCUGCUCAGGGCUCGCCAGCGCGGCUUUGGCGCUGGGCAACUACGCGAGCUCGGCGCUCGUGUCCGUCGUGGUGUGUGUCACGACGAGCACCGGCCGGCCCGGGUGGAUCCCCGACGACAUCAACCACGGGCACUUGGACUACUUUUUUGGCUGCUCGCCAUGCUCUGCGUCGGCAAUUUCGGCGGUUGAUUUGCAUGUCAUGUUGCAGCGCAACUGCGCCUCCAACGGCACUUCUUAUUAA